AUGGACCCGGGCCCUGGGGACCCGGCAGGAGAGCGGCCAGCCGCGCCCCGGCCCCGCCGCCGCCGCUCCCUGCGCCGCCUGUUCAGCCGCUUCCUGCUGGCGCUGGGCAGCCGCUCCCGGCCCCGGGACUCGCCACCCCGUUCCCAACCCCAACCCCAAUCCGGACACUGCGAUGGCGACGGCGAGGGGGGCUUUGCCUGCGCUCCAAGUCCGGCUGUAGCAGCCCCCGGGAGCCCCGUAGCGGAGCGCCUGCUCGGACCCCCAUCCCAGCUCCCCGCGGGCAAUGGGGUGCGGCCGCCCGGCGCGCAGGGCUUGAAGAACCACGGCAACACCUGUUUUAUGAACGCCGUGGUGCAGUGUCUCAGCAACACCGACCUGCUGGCCGAGUUCCUGGCGCUGGGACGCUACCGGGCGGCGCCGGGCCGCGCCGAGGUCACCGAGCAGCUGGCGGCGCUGGUGCGCGCGCUCUGGACCCGCGAGUACACGCCCCAACUUUCCGCCGAGUUCAAGAAUGCUGUUUCCAAGUAUGGCUCUCAGUUCCAAGGCAACUCCCAACAUGACGCCCUGGAAUUCCUGCUCUGGCUGCUGGAUCGUGUCCAUGAGGACCUGGAAGGCUCGUCUCGUGGUCUGGGGACUGAGAAGGUACCUCCUGAAGGUCGCAGAGCCUCCGAGAGCCUCCUGUCCCCACCUGCCCAGCUUUCUCUAGGCCCCAGCUUUGUGCAGAGUCAUUUCCAGGCCCAGUACAGAUCUUCCCUGACUUGUCCCCACUGCCUGAAACAGAGCAACACCUUCGAUCCUUUCUUGUGUGUUUCUCUUCCCAUCCCCUUGCGCCAGACAAGGUUCUUGAGUGUUACUUUGGUCUUCCCCUCUAAGAGCCCACGUUUCCUGCGGGUUGGCUUGGCUGUGCCCAUCCUUGGCACAGUGGCCACCCUGAGGAAGAUGGUGGCUGAGGAAGGAGGGAUCUCUACAGAUGAGGUGAUUUUGGUUGAACUGUAUCCCAGUGGAUUCCAGCGGUCUUUCUUUGAUGAAGAGGACCUGAAUAGCAUUGCAGAGGGAGAUAAUGUGUAUGCUUUCCAAGCACCUCCAUCUCCUGGCCUUGGGACACUCUCAGCUCAUCCAUCUGGUCUCUCAGUGUCCCCCCGCUUGGUGGCCCAUGAGGGUCAGCGAUUAUCUCUGUCUCAUCACAGUGAGAACAAAGUGCUCAUCCUCUUCUGUAACCUGGUAGGGUCAGGGCAGCAGGCCAGCAGGUUUGGCCCACCAUUCUUGAUAAGGGAGGACAGAACUAUUUCCUGGGCUCAGCUCCAACAGUGUAUCCUCAGUAAAGUCUGCUGUCUCAUGAGGACUGAGGGUUCUGCACAGAACCUGGGAUCUCUGUUCUCCAUCCGUGUUGUCGGUCUUUCCCUGGCCUGCAGCUACUUAUCCCCACAGGACAGCUGUCCCCUCUGCCACUGGGCAGUUGACAGGGCUUUGCACAUCAGGAAGCCAGGUGGCCCCCCCCACAUCAAGCUGGCUGUGGAGUGGGAUAGUUCUAUCAAGGAGAGGCUAUUCGGAAGCCUCCAGGAGGAGCGGGUCCAGGAUGCGGACAGUGUGUGGCGGCAGCAGGCGGCGCACCAGCAGCCCAGCUGUACCCUGGACGAAUGUUUUCAGUCCUACACCAAGGAGGAGCAGCUGGCCCAGGAUGACGCUUGGAAAUGUCCACACUGCAAGGUCCUCCAGCAAGGCAUGGUGAAGCUGAGCUUGUGGACCCUGCCUGACAUCCUCAUCAUCCACCUGAAAAGGUUCUGUCAGGUGGGGGAGAAAAGGAACAAGCUCUCCACACUGGUGAAGUUUCCACUGUCUGGCCUGGACAUGGCCCCGCAUGUGGCACAGAAGAGCGCUAGCUCCAAGCCGGUGCCUGGCCCCUGGCCCUCCUGGCAGCAGCCGACCCACCUCCCUACUGCCUAUCCGCUGGACUUCUUGUACGACCUGUAUGCCGUCUGCAACCACCACGGCAGUCUGCAAGGUGGGCAUUACACAGCCUAUUGCCGGAACUCUCUGGAUGGCCAGUGGUACAGCUACGAUGACAGCACAGUGGAACCACUUGGAGAAGAUGAGGUCAACACCAGAGGGGCAUACAUCCUGUUUUAUCAGAAGCGGAACAGCAUCCCACCCUGGUCAGCCAGCAGCUCCAUGAGAGGCUCCACCAGCUCCUCCUUGUCUGACCACUGGCUCAUGAGGCUCAGCAGCAACAAUGGGAAUAGCACGGCGGGCAGCCUGCUCUCCUGGAGCUCUGCCCCCUGCCCUUCCCUGGCCCGGGUGCCUGACUCUCCUGUCUUCACAAACAGUCUUGGCAACCAGGACAAGGGUGGGCUGGAGUCCAGACCUCUGGUUCGGGGCCUGCAUGGUCGAAGCAUUAGUAUGAAGGCACCCACCUCUUCCCGAGUCAAGCAUGGGCCCUUCAAAACCAUGCCCCUCCGCUGGUCCUUUGGGCCCAAGGAGAAACGACCUGGUGCAUCUGUGGAGUUGGUAGAGUACUUGGAGUCUCGACGGAGACCACGCUCUACCAGCCAGUCCAUUGUGCCUCUGCUGAUGAGUGCUGCUGGUGGGAACGAGAAGUCAACAUUGCCAGGCUCAGAUGUCACCCUUUCUGCUAAUGGCGAUGACAGCAGCCAAGCCAAUGGGAGAGGAGCAGCGGGGUUCCCUUGUCCUUCAAGGUACCCAAACCACCACCUGGCCCCUGGAUCCUUAGAUGGUCUGAACGCAGCCAGGACGCUGAAGGAAAAUGUAAGCCAGGAUAUCCGGCUUCCCAAAAAGUUUGACCUGCCCCUCAGUGUGAUGCCCUCGGUGGGGAAUGAGAAGCCAGCCCGUGCGGAGGGCCAGAAGAGUGCCAACUGGAAGGGAAGUGGCCCAGUGGGAAGCCAGAGCAGCCCAUCAUCCCCCUCUGUGGCUUUGUCUAGAAAUAUUAAGGACAGUGGCCGAGGGACCUUGCCCAAGAUGAAGGCUGCUACGGAGGAAAGGGCCUCAGGGGAUAGGCUCCCUCAGGGGACACUCACUCUUCUGAGGUCCAUGUUUUGGAAGAAAGAGCACAGGAAGGUUGACAGGGCUGAGGGCUUGCCACCAGUACCCCCAGGGUCCCUGGCAAGUGGCAGGCUGAGCCCUGCUAUGGAUGGGCAGGCUCGAGGCUCAUCUCCUGCUCUCAGGAUACGAGAGAGCCUGAUCAGGGGCUCUGGCAGCCACCUGGAGAGGGACGUCCGAUCUGCACCCAGCUCUCUCCACCUCCCUCGUAAAGCUGGCAGGCCCCCCAGAGCCAGUGCUACUGGCGCCCCCCAGAGGAGUGUUCCAGGAGAGCAGACUUCUUAUGGUACCUUGCAAAGGGUGAAAUACCACACUCUUUCCUUAGGUCGAAAGAAAACCUUACCAGAGUCCAGCUUCUGAGAAACAUUUGGGAACUAUGUGAAACUGGAACUGGGCACUUGGCAGCUGUGGGAAGCCUGAGUUCAGCAUGGCUUUUCUCACAAGUUUUCUUGUGAGCCCUGAAAGUAAAACUCCGCAGCUGAACUUCCAGCGUCCAAUGUCCCAAUAGUCCUGUGUCCAAAUAACCUACUGUCUUGUUGGGUGCUUUGAUACAUCCUGGCCACUAGAGGAUGAUAUCGGGUCAGUAUAACCAUUUCAAGAACUGAUAUUUUGCUUAACUAAUUCCAGAACCUGAGUAUUAAAAAAGAGUCUUCAAUGUCAUUUCAAGUACUAUUACUGGCUUCUCCUUUUUUUUCCCUCCUCAAAAAAGAUUUAAUAGUGGACUUAUACAUUUUUUUCCAUGAGAUGCUUUUCUGGCAUAAGCAUCAAAGAUGUCAAGAAAAGAAAAAGA